AUUUUUCUCUCCGACGAUGAUGAUUGCAAGGUGCUCUCUUUUUCCGCCGCCGUGUUUCUCCGCCGUGAGAGUUAGAUGUUUCGCCGGAGAAACUUCAGAUACUGGGAUUUUAUUCCGAGAGAAGCUUAUUUAUCUUCAAGACCUUAACGUAGAUCCUCACAAAGCUCUCCGAGUAAACCCAUCUCUCCGUUCUGCUCCAAUCUCCUCCGUUGUCUCCGUCGAGACUCUUCUCUCUUCCACCGGACUCUCAAGACCCGCCGUUGGUCGUAUCCUCGAUAUGUUUCCAGAUUUGUUAACUUCUGAUCCUGAAUCUGAAAUCUUACCAGUUCUUCGCUUCUUAUCCGAUGAGAUUUCAAUUUCAGAGCAAGAUAUUCCCAAAUCGAUCUCUCGUUGUCCUCGAUUGCUAAUUUCAUCUGUAGAUUCUCAGCUUCGUCCUGCAUUAACGUUUCUCAAAACCCUAGGAUUCGUGGGUCGCGACACGAUUACGUCACGGAACACGGUUCUGCUUGUAUCGAAUGUGGAACGAACCCUAAUUCCUAAAAUUGAGUAUCUUGAAGAAGGGUUAGGGUUUACAAGAGAAGAAGUAGCGAAGAUGGUUGUGAGAUCUCCGGCGUUGUUGACUUAUAGUGUUGAUAACAAUUUAGUUCCUAAAGUUGAGUUUUUUAUGGAGGAGAUGCGUGGUGAUGUGAAGGAGCUGAAACGUUUCCCUCAGUAUUUUUCGUUUAGCUUGGAGAGGAAGAUAAAGCCAAGGCAUAGAUUGCUUAAGGAACAUGGGAUUUUGAUGCCUUUGUCUGAGAUGUUGAAGGUUAGUGAUGGUCAGUUUAACAAUUGGCUUUUAGAACUUCGUCUUAGGUCUGCUGAAAGAAGAUGAUGAUAGACAACAACAAUGUAAGCUUUUUGAUGUUCUUUGUUCUGUUUACUUGAGGUUUGAGAGAUGAAAAUUGCAAAAGUUUUGUACUUUGGGACAUGCUAAGACAUGAGCUUGUAUAUAGUUUUUGUUUCAAGAUGUUAGAUCAUGUAAGGUGUAAUUAAGAACCUAGUUGAUGAAGAAAGAACGUUGCUUUGA